UAAUCCACUGAAAAAAGGAAAAAACGCAGAGAACUUACUAAUAUGCAGAAAAUAUAGCGAAAGAAAAAAGUGACUGGUUUUGAAUGGCGAGAAAUAGAACAAAACUAAAAAAGUACGUUAAUGCAGCUGUCAGUAAGGGUGCCGUUACAAAGUAAUACAUGUUGACGAUAUUCCAAAAGAGGAAAGACGGUUACACGUUCGAUUAUCUUGUUCGCUGGUUUACCGUAUGACACUUCGAGAGAGCCACUGACCAGACGUCCGAAGUCAGGUUACAUUAUGUUACGUUACUGAUACGGUUUAGAGCUGCUACUGGAGAAAAUGAGUGGCGCCAUACCAAAAGGCUCCGUGCGACCCAAACAGGCUGUGGAGCCUCUUCUGGGAAGUCCAAUUGACAAGAAGAUAAUAACAGUUAAUGACAAAGGAGUGGAGAAGAAAGUUCCAGCACUGCACAUUGGAUGGGCUGAAAAACGCACUUUAGUAAGAUAUGUGCCACCUCCUGUAGAUGAAGAUGGGAUGUUUCCACCUGGAGCUCAGGAAAUGUGGUUGGAACUUUUAGAGUACCUGGAGCAAGACUUAAUUUAUUUAUUAAGACUACCCCAUCAUAGAUUUUGGUCAAAAGUAGUAUAUGAUCCUGGUGUACAUACUUGCCUUGAUUCAUAUUUAGUUAAUGCAAGAAGAAGCCAUCAUGGUUCAUUAGAUAAUGCGGGUAUCUCAACCAGGGAAUUUUCAGCAACCUUUGAAGAAUCCAUACACCGACUUGUGAUGUUAGUUUUUAUUCGGAUGGCUACAUAUAAAGAAUCUAGGGAGAACCACGUUACGCCAUCAGUUUUUGGUGAUAUAAUAUAUGAAAACUUCAUUUUUGAUAUAUGCAAGAUAUUUGAUAUCUGUGUAUUGUAUGGUCACACAAACCAAGCAAUGAUUUCCAAGAUGGUUGGAAACAUAUUUACGUGCCAAGCAAAAUAUUAUACAGAUCUUGCGGAAACCAUACCCACAAUAACUUUAGCAUUUGAUAAUAUUGAAGAUAAGUUAGGAGUAGCAGAAAACAUGUUGCCUGUUGUUCUGAGCAGCUCAAAUAGGCAGUUGUCUAUAGAGGAUGUCCAUGGCAUAGUCCUAUUCCUCAGUGAUACUUUAAUGUCGAUAAAAAUGUUCCUCAUGUGUCAUUCCCCAGCUUGUAAAUAUUUUCAUGAAGCUUCCUUUGAACUAAGAUUAUGUGCUUGUUACGAAAGAACUAUUCCCAUGAUGAUGGAAAUCUUGAAUGAACAAGCAGAUGAACCUGAACUACAGCUGUGGACCACUAAACUUAUAGAAAAGAUAGAAGUAACAAGGUUGUUUGCCUUGAAAAUUUUCCGUCUUAUUGUUCAGCACAUUUGUUUUGAGCCUCUUCUAGGAGAUACAGCUGGUCCUUCUCUGGUAGGAGAGUGUGUUGAAAAAUUCAUGCACAUGAUGUCUACUUGUAUUGGAGACAAAACAUUUAUUGCUGACUAUUGCUCAGUUUAUCCCAUUAAAGAGGAUUUAGAGUUUUUUAAGCAACAUGAUGGUGAUGUCACAAGUUUAGACUUCAUCACUGAUGCUGUGUCAACAGUAAUGAGUGAGAUGGGAUUAUCUUCAGAUAUGAAGACUUUAAGUCUCAAAGAUUCUUCUCCAGUGAAUGAGGAAGUAACAGACACAAGUGGAAUGAAUGGAUAUGUUGAAAAUAAGACUGUGAUUCCCUCUGAUAUAGAGCUUUCUUCUUUGGUGUCACACAUCCAAGAUUUGUUGCCGGAUUUGGGUGCAGGUUUUAUACAACAAUGCCUUCAGUACUAUGAGUAUUCUACUGAAGCAGUCAUAAAUGCUAUAUUAGAAGACAGUUUACCACCUUCAUUGGUUACACUUGACCGCUCAGCUCCUGCUCUCAAGAAGCCAGUCCCAGAUGUGCCGCCUGAAACCAGUAAAAAUGAAGUUAAACAAGAAAAAAUAGACUUCAUGGACCGAGCUAAUAUUUACAACAAUGAUGAGUUUGAUGUUUUCUCUCGGAUGUCUGUUGACCAUUCAAGAAUUCAUAAAGGGAAAAAAUCAAAUAAAUUUAUCUGUAAUGAAGAUGACACAAAAAUGUUGAAAGACAUUGCAAGAAAAUAUGAGGAAAGAGGAGGAACAAGUAUUUAUGAAGAUGAGUUUCGUCUUGAUGAAGAUGCUCAUAGAGGUUGGGAAUAUGAAGAUGAAUAUGAUGAUACUUACGAUGAUAAUGAGAUGGGAAAUUGUGAUGUCCUGCCUGAAGUUCCUAAGAAGCGACCAGGAAUUUUUGGAGCUGGUCGUCUUAAUGAACGCAUUGAUCUCAUCGGAUCUGGGAGCAACUCUUCAGAUGAAGAAGGCGCUGCAGUGGAAGAGAAAACUGAAGAAAUUCGUGAAAAAGCCAGAGGUCAACAGAGUUCUGUCAACCGCACUGGUGCUAGACCAAAGAACCUUGGUAACAAAAGAGGAGUUCAAAGGAUUUUUACUAAUUCUUCAAGCAAAUCAACUAAGCCCAAACAAGCAACUCCAACACCAGAAAGGGAGCCUGAAGAAAAACCAAGUAAUCACUUACAGUUUUGUGAAAAUCCAGAAGAAGUACGAGCAAGGGCAGAACAACGAAGACAAGAUAGAGAGGGUCAGCGAUACAGAAGGGGAAGGGAGACUCACUGGCAAGAAAAUGGUUCUUCUAAUGAUCACUAUGUACCAAAGCCAAAAGUAUCGACAGCUUCUGGUAGAAAUAGUGGGAAAACUUGGCGUCAAGGCCAGAGUGGAGAUGAUGAAGAUAAAGGAUAUCAUGGUGGGAAAUACAAAGAAGACACAAAUCAUGGAAAGGCACAAAGUCAUUUCUACCGAAACAAAAUGAUGCAUAAAAAUGUACAUAAGCGACAAGGAGCUCAAGCAAAGUUUAACAGAAAUAAUUAGGAUCGUGAUAUUUUUCUUAAUUGCAGUUCCUUUAUUAUGAAAUGAAUGAAUAUAUAUAUAUAUAUAUACAUAUAUAUAGCUUAUAUAUUUUUAUGACUUUUAUACUACAAGUUGUUAAAUUAUAAUUAUUGCUAUAAACAUUUUUUUUCCCUGUUCAGUUGCAGAGACUGUUUUAGUUUGUAUUGACUUUAGAUAUUGUAUAAAAUGCAAGACAUGUAGAUAUCAUUUACUGUAUAUUACGUCAUUAAUAUAAUUUGCAAAGUUAA